AUGUUCACCACUAUUAUGGGUCCCUCUACGAAUCCCACUCAAUUUGAAGGAGGUGAACCGGGAUAUCCUUUCGAUAGCGUUUUCAAUUCUUUGUUUCCUAUUGAUGCGAUGUUUGAGUUCAAUACCACAAAGGACGGUAACCUCACCACUCACAAAUUUAUUGGCAGAUAUGCAUCGUUUAGUGCAAUAUUGAGUGGGAAACUAAGCAAUCAGUACAAGAUAUUAUCAGAGAAUGCAUGUUCCAAUGUGACGGUAAAUAAGAAUGAUCAAAAUAAGAUUCUUGUUGUUUCUAGGGGAGAAUGUAACUUUGUUAGUAAAGUCUUGAACAUAGUUGACUCAAAUGCAAAGCCAAAAGCCAUUCUUAUUGCAAAUAAUGAGCCCUACAGGGGGUUGGUAACGAUGUACUCAAACACUUUUAAUCAAGACGGUUCUUUGAGGAUUCCAAUUGUGUUUAUCACGUUCGAAGAUGGCAAGCUCCUCCAAUCAUUGGAGGCGGGUGACAUAGUUUUGCAAAUGAGCACGGCACCAAUUGGCGAUUGGAUGAACGUAUUGUUGUCUAUUGUUUUGUCGCCUCCAUUGUUGAUCAUCCUCAUCUAUUGCAUGAUCUUGUGUGGGCAAAGAGUGAGAAGAAAGCAGAUGAACAAGCGCAACACACAAUUAGUGAACAACUUGCCGGUCUACGUAUACAGCGAUGAGCAAUUGAUACUAGAAUCUGAUUUUGAGAAGUGUGUCCGUCUGAUGGAUGAGGGUGUGCUCGUCAAUUCUACUUCGUUUGCCAAAUGUGCUAUGCAUCAAAAAUUCAGAGUUUUGAACUCCCCGGAUGAUUACUUUAGAGCAUUCAAAUGCUCCAUAUGUUUGGAAAAAUACGAACCUUUGAUGUCCAGAGUUUUGGUUUUGGAGUGUAAACACAUGUAUCAUCAAAAAUGCCUUUCCAGAUGGUUGAUUAAUUUCAAAAGAACUUGUCCGUUGUGUAAUAGCACAAUUUUCACAGACAAUCUUCUUACCGGUCAUGAGGUAUCCUAUGGUAGUACGGACAUUGAAAGUGGUGUUACCGAAGGAAGUAGCAGAGAGGUAGAAGAUGUGCAACGUCCGUUCAAUUACAGGAGUAUGAGUAGUCAAGGACUGUUCCAAAGACCUUUUUUAAUAUCAAGACCGCUGGCGAUCUUGAACUGUUACAACUCUAACCACAAUGGGCCACAACUCAGUACCAGUAUUGAUUCAGUAUGA